AUGAUUUUCAAAGUCAGCAUAUACACACUCCUUGCUAUAGUAAUAAGCAAUAGCCUAACUUAUGGAUUAACAAAAGUUUCCAGUUCGAUUUAUCAUAUUGUACACAACGAUCAUCCAGCUCAUCAUGCGUUUCGAUUUCUUCAAGGAAAUGGGCCCAGAUAUCAAAGUCUCCCGCCUAGCCCAACACUAGUGUCGAACGUAUUACAAGGGAAUCCAGUUUUUGGCACAACACCCGCAGUUCAAGGAAAUCCAUUUGCACAGUUUAAUCCUGCUUACGGUGCUCACUUUCCUACUGGCGGUACUGCAAUAUGUCCUAUGCCUGUGGCUAGAUGCGAAAAAUCAGCAUAUCGGUCAAUGGACGGCUCAUGUAAUCACCUUGAUAAUCCACAGCUAGGAAUCGCAAACUCAAGAUAUGGCCGACUGCUUUCACCAAAAUAUGGCGAUGGAGUUUCAUCGCCAACACGUUCAAUAACUGGAGAAGAUUUGCCGAACGCACGUCUUAUUUCACUAGUCGUUUUUGGAGAAAGGGAUGUUCCAGAUCCACAAUACACACUAGUCAAUAUGCAAUGGGGACAAAUAAUGACACAUGACAUGAGCAUGCAAGCAGGCGGAACACAAGCCAGAAAACAUCCAACUCGUUGUUGUACUGAUGAUGGCCGCCUAAUUGCCUCAGCUGAUAUACAUUCUACAUGCUAUCCAAUAAUUGUACCGCCUAACGAUCCCGCGUAUUCCCAAGUAGGCACUGAGUGCCUCGACUUUGUUCGAACUCUCACCGAUCGUGAUAUUAAAUGCCUUUACGAUAAUGGUCCUGCAGAACAAUUGACUGCUGUAACAUCAUACGCCGACCUAUCUCUCAUAUACGGAAAUUCUAUACAACAAAAUAGUGAAAUACGGGCGUUUCAAGGUGGUCGUAUGUUAGUUGAUCAAAGGAAUGGGGCCGAAUACCUUCCCCCAUCCCGCAAUGCUACUGGUGACUGUGACGCCGCUCCACCUGGUGAGGUUUGCUAUCAAGCUGGAGACAUUCGUGUAAAUCAAAACCCAGGAUUAGCCAUUUUGCAUACUAUUUUACUGCGGGAGCAUAAUCGUAUUGCAGAUACCCUGGCUAAACUUAACCCCCACUACAACGAUCGCACAUUAUUUCAAGAAGCCCGCAAAAUAAACAUUGCUCAGUAUCAACACAUUAGUUACUACGAGUGGUUGCCUAUAUUCCUUGGAGCAGAAAAUAUGCUAAAGAACCGUCUUAUUUACGAAACGUCGACUAAAAAUUUCAUCAACGAUUUUGACAGUUCAAUUGAUCCAUCGGUCCUGAAUGAACACGCUACCGCGGCGUUUAGGUAUUUCCACACACAGAUAGAAGGCCGACUAGAUUUGGUUUCGGAACUCCGAUCCGUUUUGGGAUCAUUGAGGUUAAGCGAUUGGAUGAACCGGCCUUCUAUAAUUGAAAUCGGCGACAACUUCGACUCUUUAACUCGAGGGCAUGCAACUCAACCCGAGGAAUUAACAGACAUAAAUUUUGACCGAGAGAUAAAACACUUUUUACUACGGCGAAACAUGCCUUUUGGCGGUGAUCUGAGAGCCAUCGACAUCCAGCGAAACCGGGAUCACGGGUUAGCUUCAUACAACGAUCUAAGAGAGUUUUGUGGGGUCAGACGAGCCCAAACAUGGGAGGAUUAUAGUGAUCUUAUUGAAGUCGAUGUUAUAGAAAGAAUGAAAACUCUGUAUUCAAGCCACGAUGAUGUUGAUCUAACCGUAGGAGGAGCAGUAGAAGCACAUGUAGAAGGUUCGCUUGCUGGCCCUACUUUCCUUUGCAUUUUAACAGAACAGUUUUAUCGCACACGUGUUGGCGAUCGCUUCUGGUAUGAAAAUGGUGACCCAUUAACGGGUUUCACAGAAGAACAACUGGCUGAAGUCCGCAAAGCCACCAUGGCCCGCUUAUUGUGCGAUAAUGGGAAUCAAAUCUCUUCAAUGCAGCCAAAAGCUUUCAAAACUGUUUCAAAAUCAAAUCCCGUUGUACCAUGCUCCGAUAUUCCUCAAGUGGAUUUGACAAAAUGGAUUGAUCAGAAACCGUUUAAACAAACAGAAGAUGUUUUAAAUGUAAUUCCGCUCCAUUAUGGCAAAUGAAGUGUUCAAUGUGCCAAAACCAAUUCUACCGAGCGUAUUAAAAGUUUUAAAUUAUGAUUAUUCAAACCAUUUUAGCAUGUAAUCAAUGUUAUGUACAUAUUAGCGAAAUCAUUUGUAUACAUUUUUAUAGCUACAAU